CCUGACGUAGGUUGUUUUGUCCAAAAUGGCAGCGUCCACAAUACGACUGCCGUGAGCUUUUUAACAGCUCAGCUUUAGACUAUUAAAUUACCCGUGUUUGAUUUCAACGACAUUCCACAUACUGUCACGCUUAAAAUGCUGCCUUUUUAUACGGACAAUCACAUACUGUAGGUUAUAAAUAAAACGCGUUGUUUGACAUUAAGACCGUCUGACAUUGGUGCGUUCGGAAUAAUGUUAAGUUUACAUUAGUAACACAUUGCUUAGGUCAUAUUUUGAGAUUUGUCUGAUGAUCUGCUUUGGUAGAGCUUUAGAUAUAUCCCUAGGAACAAAGGUACUUUUUUUUCUGAUUUACAUUUAAAUAUUUCUCGAUUUUAACUAAAUAUUAAUAGAGAAUUACAAUAGUAAUACCACUAUUUUAAGUAGUUUCCACAUUCAAUCGGGCGGUCAGGGUAAAGAUCAUGUCUGUGCAGCUAUCAAAUAAAAUUUGUCUCCGCUUGUUAAAUAACGGCUGCAGAAGUCUCAGUCUCUUUUCAAACUCCUCUCCUUCAAACUGGAGUAAAGUUGUUUCUGAUGCCGAGAAGAUUGUAGGAUAUCCUACCUCGUUCAUGAGCCUUCGCUGUCUCCUGAGUGAUGAACUGAGUAAUGUCGCCAUGCAGGCCAGAAAGCUGGUCGGAACGAAACACCCGUUACUCAAUACAGCCAGGGGGUUUGUCUAUGACAGCAGGAACAAUCUCCAGAUGAGAGGCUUGGUUGUGCUGCUGAUGUCCAAAGCAGCAGGACCCAACACAGCAGCAGAGGCCUGUCUGCAACAGGACAUGGUGAGCGGAAUCUACCCAAGCCAGCGCAAUCUAGCCGAGAUAACAGAACUGAUCCAUACUGCUUUCCUGGUGCAUCGUGGGAUAGUGAACCUAAAGGAGUGGACCAAUUCUGAUGGCCCACUGAAGGACAUGCAGUUUGGAAACAAAAUGGCUGUCUUAAGCGGAGACUUCCUUCUCGCCAAUGCAUGUACUGGUCUGGCGCAACUCAAUAACACCAAGGUGGUUGAACUAUUAUCGAGUGCUAUCGGUGACUUAGUGCAAGGCAUAUACUAUGAGAACUCUAUACAGGGGGAGGAGAACAACAUGACAGAUGACAUCAAAAUAGCUUCAUGGGAGGAGCAGGCCUUUCUAUCCCAUGGUGCUUUGCUGGCAAAGAGCUGUCGGGCAACACUGGAGUUAGCUAAACAUGACGCCGAGGCCCAGGCUUUGGCAUUUCAGUACGGCAAACACAUGUCCCUCGGCCACAAGUUGAACUCAGACCUGCAGCCUUUUCUCAAAGACAGUUCAAGUGAUGCUGUGCCUUUUAGUUUAAAUUCAGCUCCUGUCAUCCUGCACCAAGAAACGAUUGGCCGUGAAGGAUGGAUUCACCAAAUUGAUCAGGCAAGGCCCAAGGGAAGACAAGCUGACUAUGCAAAGUUGUGGAGAGCAAUCAAGGCUGGCAAAGGUGUGAGCUCUGCUAUCGACUUGUGCUGUUACCAUGGAAACAAAGCACUUGAGGCCAUCAAGCGCUUCCCUCCCUCUGAGGCCAGAUCUGCAUUGGAAAAUAUUGCCUUUGCUGUAACCAAAUUCUGAUACAAAAGAAGAGUGACUUAAAAUCUAUAAACAAAUACAUACUGUUUAUACUGUUUUUAAUAUAAUUUUUAAAAAGUAUGCAUUUUCUAUGCAAAGUUUUGUAUUUCAUUUAAUUUAUUUGCUUUAUUAUGUUUAACCUAUGCCUGCUUCAAGCUUACAGCAUUUUUAUUCUGUGUGGCAGCAAACAAAAUCACAAAAAAAGGUCAAACAGCUUUCACGUGUCAUGCCAGAAGCACACUUGAAGCUGUACGGGCAGAAAUAAUUAAUGAGACUUGCUGCUGUGACCUCAGCAAAUGCACAGGAAAUAAGUCCUUAUUGAUUGGACACAGCCUGGGAUGGCGCCAGUGUGGUGGCGUGUGGUUUUCUAGCACUUGUGAGGACAGAGGGGGUGUGAAGCUGCAGGUGUCGCUGAAAACACUUGCUAACCUGCCUCAUACACUGGCAUUGCUUUGCAAUGUUAGUCGUAUUUAUCAAUGUGAAGGACAAUUCAAUGAGUGAAUGUUCUUUCAACUGUUAGUUUCAGAAGACGAGUUUGGCAAUUCAAAAGACGUUUACGUUUCAAUGCUUUUCUGCAUUGUGUUGUAAAAAGGUAAAUUACCUUUACCUGAUGCAUGCUUCAAGCAAAACAGCAAUUCUUAAAAGCAACCUACAGCAUUUUGCUGAAAUAUUAAUUUACUGCUGUAAGGGAAUUUAGAGGUAAACUAAAAAAACAAGAUAAUAAUGUGCUAAACACAGCAAACAACCCUGAUACAUUGCUUUGCAAAUUUUAUUCUGCAGACUCUUGUGUAUAAUGUUGAAAAAUAGUUUCAAAUAAUCAGUUUAUUUAGCCUAUCUAUAUAAUAUUGGGACGGUUGAGGUAAUGGGUGUGCAAUUGUGAUAUUCAAUUAUAUAUAUUUGGUGUGUGUGUGUGUGGGGGGGUUAUACUAAUGUCAUGUAUACAUUUUAAAUUAAAAAAAAUAUAUACUUUU